AAAAAAUAUCACAGACCUGGCGUUUGCUGCUUUCCGAUUUCGAGACAACGUUGGCUGCCGUGAAAUUAUUUUGUCAUAUAGAGUUGUGGGCCUAGUGCUCCCAUUAGGCACCCAACAUGACAACGCACGGGUCUUCAUCAAUACCCCCAAUUAUGGUUUUUCGACCAACCCUAGAAGAAAUGAAAGAUUUUGGGGCCUAUAUUGAAUAUAUAGAGUCUCUGGGAGCUCAUAAAGCUGGGCUUGCAAAGGUACGAGAAUACAGAUUGAUGGCAGAAAGUGAUAAAUACCGUGCUCCUAAGCACACAGACUUUGAAGACUUGGAGCGAAAGUACUGGAAAAAUAUCACAUAUAAUUCUCCAAUCUAUGGAGCUGAUAUAUCAGGAUCAGUAACAGACAAAGAUCAGCAUGUCUGGAACAUAAAUAAUUUGAAUACAGUAUUAGAUGUUGUAGAAGAAAGGCAAGGAAUUAAGAUAGAGGGUGUUAAUACUGCCUAUUUGUAUUUUGGUAUGUGGAAGACUACCUUUGCUUGGCAUACUGAAGACAUGGAUCUUUAUAGUAUUAAUUACUUGCACUUUGGUGAACCAAAAUCAUGGUAUACUAUACCACCAACACAUGGAAAGCGAUUGGAAAGACUUGCUUCUGGUUUCUUUCCUAGCAGUUUUCAGCAAUGUCAGAAUUUUCUGCGCCACAAGAUGACCUUGAUUUCACCCCACAUAUUGAAGCAGUACUCAAUACCUUAUAAUAAGAUCACACAAGAGGCUGGUGAAUUUAUGAUAACAUUCCCAUAUGGCUACCAUGCUGGCUACAAUCAUGGAUUCAACUGUGCUGAAUCAACUAAUUUUGCAUCAUUGCGAUGGAUAGAAUUUGGAAAGAGAGCCACUCAUACAUUGUGUCGAUGCACCAGAGAUAAUGUCAAAAUCAGUAUGGAUUUGUUUGUAAAGGAAUUUCAACCACAUCGUUAUGAUGCUUGGAAAGCUGGGAAAGAUCUGAUGAGUAUAGAAGAAUGCCUCAAUCAUGUACCUGAGAAACGUAAGAGAUUAGCAGCAGUUAAUGCCACAGAACAGACGUCACCUGACAAACAUCAGAAAUCUACUACACCCAGGAGGCAUGGUACCCACUCACCACAAUCACCAAAGAAAGAGAAAAGAACAAAAUUAUCAACACCUGGAAAAAGACGAGGAAGACCACCCAAAUACUUGAAGAUUAAAGAACUGCAGGAAAAAGUAGAGAGAGAAAUACAGAAAACUAUUCCUGUUCAAGGGGAAGAGACUAAAAAGAAGUCGAAAGAAGAAAUAAAAGAACCUAUUGUUGAAGAAACUGAACAUCCAGUUGUUAUUGCAACAUGCACUGCCAAAGUUAAAACAAACACAACCACAACUGAAGAAGCACCUCCUCUUUUGGACAAGUAUUCAAUAGAGGAACCUAUCCAAAUGAGAUCUGAAGAGGAAAUUCCAGAAUUGGAUAGAUACCCAUUAGAAGAAACUAAAGAGCCUCGAGAGAAGAAGAAGAAAAGCAAAAAGAAAGACUUGUCUCAUAAAAAUGGAGAUAGUCAUAAAAAGAAGAAAAGAAAGAGGAGUGAGAGUGAAAAAAUACUGAGUGUGCAGGAUUUGGAAGAGAUAGAUGAGAUUGCUGAGAAGGUACGAGAUGAAAUUGAACAAUAUGAUAGCCUGUCAGAUGAACCACCACCCCUUGUUAUUGUAGCUAGUCAUCAAGCUGACAGAGUUGUAAGAUUAGUUAAGGAAAAAGAUCAUAUCAAAUCAGAUAAAAAGAGGACUGUUGAAACAAAAGAAAUAACUAGUGAUGACCCUAGUGUAGAGAGAGUGAGUCGUGAAGAACCAGAAAAAAAAAAGAAAAAGAAAAGGAAGAGGAAAGAUGAUACUGGAGAACACAUAAUGCAUCGCAUGGCAACGACAGAUGAUGGCACAAGUGCAGAUGAGGCAGUCACCAAAAUGGAGAGUGAUCAACAGAGAGUUAAAAGUAAGAAGAAUCCAAUGUUUCGAAGACAUCCAAUAACAAAACCACCUCAGUCACCAUUACCAGUGUCCAAAAAUGAUGCCACAAGUGAAGAAGAUAUCUCAUCGGGUAGUGAAGAUAAUAUUGAUGGAUGGGCAAAGAAUCUGAAUGGUCUUUGGGUCACUCAACAACCUGACUUCAGUAGUGAAAUAGAUUUCAAUGCCACUGUUGCUCUUGAAGAUCCACACUGUGCUAUAUGUCAGUUAUUCAAACCUAAAAGUAAUCAAACAUCAAUAACUGUGAUGACACCACCAUUAUUGGGCCAAAAGUCAACAGUUCUUGUCUCAGAGAUGUGUUUUGCCAGCAAUAGCUCUGAUAGGGCACCAAUUAAUACAAGUCAAUUAAUAUCUAGUGAUGGUACCAGUGAAAUCCUUGUGUGUUUUACUUGUAGUGUUGCUGUACAUGCAAGUUGUUAUGGUGAAUUUGAGAUAUUAGAUCGUGAACAUUGGCAAUGUCGACGAUGUGCAAGAAAUGCUUGGGAAGCUACGUGUAAAUUAUGUUGUUUGCGAGGAGGAGCAUUGAAGCCUACUACAGAUAAUAACUGGGUACACAUGGUGUGCUCUAUAGCCAUUCCUGAUGUGUCAUUUGUUAAUGUCAGUCACAGAGAACCAGUUGACAUCUCAAGGAUACGACCUGCAAGACUACGCUUGAAAUGUGGCUACUGCUAUCCUAUUGUCAAGCAGCCUCACAUAGGUGUGUGUAUACAGUGCUCAUUAGGCAAGUGUGUGUCAUCGUUUCAUGUCACUUGUGCCUAUGCUGCUGGUGUAACAAUGGAACCUGAUGAUUGGCCUUAUCCAGUAUCUGUCAUAUGUCUCAAGCAUUCAAGUAGUAAAAGAAGGGAGGAGAAGCGACCACUGCCAGAAGUCAAGAUAGGCCAGAGAGUGAUUGCUAAACAUACAAAUCGUCGCUAUUAUCAUGCUGAUGUGACAGAUACAACACAGCAGAUAUUCUACCAUGUAGACUUUGAAGAUAAUUCACGAAGUGAUGAUCUCUAUCCGUGUGAUAUUGUUAGUCAUGACUGUGAACACUAUGGACCACCACCUGAAGGAAGUGAAGUAGCUGUGAAAUGGACGGAUGGAGUCACCUACAGGGCUACAUUCAAGGGAUAUCAUACAGUUACUUUAUACCAUGCUGUCUUUGAAGAUGGUUCUCUUGUAACUUUGAAAAGGGAACUUCUUUACACUGAAGAUGAACCACUGCCAAAAAGAGUUCAGUCAAAACUGUCAACAGCCACAGAUAUGCAACAUGAUAUAUUCUAUACUAGCCCUAUAGUGGAAGAGAAACAUAGAAAAGUUAACAGUCGAUAUGCAUCAUUGACGUUAAGAGAUGGUAGUACAACAGAUGAAAGUUUGACAGGGGAUUAUGUUACCAUGCAUGGUGAUGAAGGUGGCCAUAUGUACUUUUCUCAUUCGUCUGCGUUGCCGGUAGACUGGUCAAUGCCAUCCGGUUCUGCUUAUGAAGGUGACUCCACAAUGUACCACCAAGUUUAAGUUUCAUGUACAAAUCAGUUUGUAAGAUAUUAAAGUUUGACUAUAAACUUAUUUUCUAUGAUGUUCGCAGAUUAUCUGUUGAUGUGCUUGUAUAUGUACUAAUAUGUAGUGCUGUCUGGCUUUAGUUAAUCACAUACUACAAUGUAGUUUCAAAUUUGUUAUGCAGUCACUAUUCCUUUAUUAUUAAUUAAUUAGAGGAACUGUAUGCAGUUUAUGAAUUGCGGAGUGUAUUCAAAUACAUGUGUUCCUGUACAUGUUUAGCGUUUUGCUGCCUCUUGUAUAAUAGAUUAUUAGUCCACGCUUCACAGUGAUUAGACUAGAUAAGAUUUUCUACCAAAUUGGACAAGAAUUUUUUCUUCUAAAAUCGUAACCUUGUACAAAGUGUGAUGGGAUUUUUUUUUAAAUUAUUUUUGAAAGAAGUUGUAUUUUUCAGUGAUUUUGUUGACUUUUUCAUUUCUAGGCAGAUAGCUCAUUCAGGGAUGUUUUCAGUUGUCAACAAUGUGACUACUCUUUGUUAUUCAAGAAGAGUUUCUUGAACUUCAAAUUAAACAAAUUUGUAGUAACUUUGACUGAAUGUGGAACAGCUUGUAUAUAUUGUUUUCAAUGCGACUGUAUUGCAUGGAAAAGCAUGCCUCGUUUGUUGCUUGUGAUGAAAUGCAGCAAUCCAUUUCUCAACUUGCUAUUCAAGAAUCCAGCAAGGUGCCAGUUUCCAUUGUAAACUUUUCUUGAAAUUUAAAACUUGUAUUAAGCUCAGUUACUAACAUUAUUUUUGACCUGAUUAAAUAUUAUUUUUACUGUUUAUACCAGUGAUAAACCAUUCGUUCUGUACAUAUAGUACUUUUUUUCGUAGUUACUCAAAAUUUGUCUCUUUAUAGACUGAUUUCAUAGAUUCAUCUCACAUAUGGUUUCCUGAAAAAUAAUAUGUGCAAGGGAUUGUAUUAUUGAAUUUAAUAAGUGGGUUGACUGGAAUAAAAAAGAGCAACAACUUUUUAAAUUAAUACUUCUUCAUGAACAGUAGUAUUUUUACUGGUAAAUAUUGCGAAUAUAUAGUUGAUGAGUGGAGUUAGACAGGAGGGGGAUUUGACAUCUUUCAUACACGUACAUAUUAUAUCAAUGGUCAAGUUAUUGCUCAUUCAGCUGUUUGCUUUAUUGUCAACAUACCAAAUUAAUAUAACAAAAUUAAAUUAUCCAAAAAAAAAAAAAUUUGAAAAAAAAUGUAUAUGUUUUAUGUUGAUAUUGACAAUAUAUGUGUCAUGUAUUCCCCUGUCUGAAUAUGGGGGGUUUCUACAUAAAUUAUUGGUUAGCUUCAUUUGAAGGGAAACUGCUUAAAAUAAUUAAAAUUAUUCUCCAAGACUGCAUUGAACAGCUCAUGCUGUUAGUCACAAAAUUGUCUUGUUUUAGUAUUCAA